AUGUCGACGCCAGCGACGCCGGUGUCGCCGCCGCUGAAGGACGAAUUGGACAUCGUGAUUCCGACGAUAAGGAACCUGGAUUUCCUGGAGAUGUGGCGGCCGUUCUUCGAGCAGUACCAUCUGAUCAUCGUCCAGGACGGAGACCCGACGAAGACGAUCAAUGUGCCGGCCGGGUUCGACUACGAGCUCUACAACCGGAACGAUAUCAACCGGAUCCUCGGCCCUAAGGCCUCCUGCAUCUCCUUCAAGGACUCCGCCUGCCGCUGCUUCGGAUUCCUCGUCUCUAAGAAGAAGUACAUCUUCACCAUUGACGACGACUGCUUCGUGGCGAAAGAUCCAACUGGAAAAGAGAUCAAUGCAUUGUCACAGCACAUUCAGAAUCUGCUAACUCCAUCGACACCGUUCUUCUUCAACACACUGUACGACCCAUACAGAGACGGUGCAGAUUUCGUUCGUGGGUACCCAUUCAGCAUGAGGGAAGGUGCCCCAACUGCCGUCUCACACGGCCUCUGGCUCAACAUCCCUGACUACGAUGCCCCCACUCAGCUAGUCAAACCCCUCGAGCGUAACACUAGGUAUGUGGAUGCUGUUUUGACUAUUCCUAAGGGAACCCUGUUUCCCAUGUGUGGAAUGAACCUCGGGUUUAAUAGGGAGCUCAUUGGCCCUGCUAUGUACUUUGGUCUCAUGGGCGAUGGUCAGCCUAUUGGGCGCUACGACGAUAUGUGGGCUGGCUGGUGCACUAAGGUGAUAACGGACCACUUGGGUCUAGGAGUGAAAACAGGGCUGCCGUACAUCUGGCACAGCAAAGCUAGCAACCCGUUUGUGAAUCUGAAGAAAGAGUACAAGGGCAUUUACUGGCAAGAAGAAAUCAUCCCGUUCUUCCAAUCUGUUGUCCUCUCUAAAGAAUCCACCACCGUGCAGAAAUGCUACAUCGAGCUCUCGAAGAUGGUGAAGGAGAAACUGGGACCCAUCGACCCUUACUUCGUGAAGCUUUCCGAAGCUAUGGUGACCUGGAUCGAAGCUUGGGAUGAAAUCAACUCGCCUUCUUCCAAAUCUGCCCCUGCAGCUGCUGUUGAUGCCUCCGCUUCUUCCAAAAAGAAGUAGACUUGGUUCGGUUUUUUCUUACAGAGAUUUUUACUUCUAUAUUUACAUGACUUGGUUUCAGAACUUUCGUAUUUUGUUCUCGUUCGAGGAUUCUAGUUCUCGUCGUUUUUUCUUAAUUUAUAAUUACUGUUAUCUUAGAGAUGAGUUGUCACUUUUGACGGCUUAGAUAUCUUUAAGUUAUAUUCUAUAUGUUGGAUACUACUUUCUAUUAAAGCAUUUUGGUUACAAUAUACAUCAUCUUUUGAUGGUAUUAUUAUUAAUUAU